UUUCCCCCUGUCGCUGGAAAAUUUAUGGGCUGCUGAUAGCACGAGUAUUCAAAAUAAUUCACUUUCCCGGUGCCCAGGGCGUGGUGUGGUGUGGGGCACUUGAGUUGGCCUCCAAUUGAGACAGAGAUGGAGCUCGGCCAGAGGGAGAGAAAAGAGCGCAGUCAUUUGUCGACCCAUUGAACCAGUUUUUGGGGGCUUAGGCCUAAGUCAAUCUGUCAUACGAGCACAUAUAGUAAUUACUUACCUGCUGGCCGUGAAAUUUGGCAAGACAUUUGCGCUUUUGGCUAUAAAAACAGGCGAUUGGCAAGAGUUUAGCAUCAGUAGCCACCGCAGCUUACGACCAACAUCAGCUUCCUUUUUCAGUUUUAGUUUCUUAACUUCAAAACCCCUCCAAAAAUGGCUUUCAAGUACGUCCUGUUGUCCUUCUGCGCUCUGGUGGGCGUGGCCAGUGCUGGCUUCCUGGCUCCGGCCACCACCUACGCCGCCGCCUCCAUUCCCGUGGUGGCCAAGGUGGCCCAGCCGCACUACGACGCCGUGGGCACCACCCAGCAGAACGUGGUGCGCUCCUUCGGCGGCACUGUCUCCACCUACUCCAAGAACGUGGUCACCCCCUACUCGAGCGUCAGCAAGGUGGACUCCCGCACCACGAACAACGUCUACACCCCGAAGACCCUCUACUCCGCACCUGCUCCCGUGAUCACCAAGUCCUUCUACGCCGCUGCUCCCGCACCUGUGGUGGCCAAGACCGUCUACUCCGCUCCUGCUCCAGUCUAUGCCGCCCCAGCUCCCGUCCUGGCCAAGACUGUCUACUCUGCUCCUGUGGCCAAGGCUGUCUAUGCCGCCCCCGCUCCAGUUUAUGCCGCUCCUGCUCCAGUGGUGGCCAAGACGGUGUACUCUGCUCCUGCUCCCGUUGUGGCCAAGACCGUCUACUCCGCCCCCGCUCCAGUUUACUCCGCUCCUGCUCCAGCUUACUCCGCUCCCGUGGUGGCCGCUGCUCCCGCCGCCUUCGUGAAGUACUCGCCCGCCGCCGUGGUUGCCCAUGCCAGCUUCGAUGGAUUCGGCUCCCACUGGGGAUACUAGGGUGUGAAGACCCAACCUUUGUUGACACUUUGUUGAUUUGUCCGUACGAAAUAAAGACAGUCUGUCUGUAGAA